GAGACACCGUUCUACCUUCACACACUCUGCCUCGCAUUCAGCACCGAUUCUAGGGAGGUCCAUCUGACAGGAACCCAGAUCAAGGCUAUUCACAAGAUGUCUUCAGGUGUCAACACGCUCAUCGGCAGGUACGAGCACCUGGUAAAACGUCCACAUCACGAGAAGGCAAAGGAAUUACUUAUGAGAACAGGGUCGUUGGUCAAGCCAAUCAUGAAAAAGCAUGACUGGAAAGUUGGGACGCUCGCCGAGUUUGUGCCGAAUGAUCCAAGCCUGUUAGGGAUGAACCAGAACAGAGGAUUCAAGAUCCUCCUCCGACUUCGACCACAUCAAGCUCAAGACACGUUUUAUGACCAAGACCAAUUGGUCCUCGUCAUGCUACACGAGCUCACGCAUAACGUGUAUGGACCGCACGACGCCAAGUUUUACAAGCUAUUAGCCGAGCUGGAGGAAGAGUAUUACGAGCUCAAGCGAAAGGGUUACUCUGGCGAAGGCUUCUUCUCCGAAGGUGCAAGACUAGGAGGUUCGCACGGAGUUCCACAACAUAUCGGACGUAUCAAGGCACUCGAAGCGGCCGAGAAGCGAGUGGCGAAACAGCAGUUGAUCGGGAAGGGCGGGAAACUUGGAUCGGGGUCUGGAUUGGGAUCUAGAGCGGGGAAGUCGAUGCGGGAGGUCUUACUCGAGGCGACGGAGAGGCGGCUGAAGGACGACAAAGCCUGUGCACAUGAAUCGGCCGAUGUGGACGAUGAGGCGAGGAAAGCAGCGGCGGAGAGUGAAGGUCAGGAUGCAGCCGAGGCCGAGAAAGGAUGGGCAGGGGCGAUCGAUGUGGAUGCGCUCGAUGACGAUGAAAUUCAGGUCGUCAAAGAACCGCCGGCUCUCCUGGACACGAUCGGGAAAGACGUAGAUGUCAAACCGAUAGCGAAGGUCAAAACCGAAACACAUACCCCUGCCCCCAAGCCGAAACCUACGGUAUCGUCGACGGCUUUGCCUGCUACAAAGCCGCUCGCUAAGAAACCGCGUAGUAUACCUCCUGCAGCACCAAGCGCACCGGCAAGCGAUCCAUACGUUCGAUCAGACGGAUGGACGUGUGCCACAUGCACUUUGGACAAUACGAACAACGACCAGUCUUGUCAAGCUUGCGGACAGAGAAAGCCCGCUCCUCCCGGUUUCUGGACGUGCGACUUUUGUGCUACCUUGAUGGAGGGCGACUUUCGAUGUUGUCGCGGUUGCGGCUUCGUCAGGCGUAUCUAGAUUCUCCCUGCUCUUCACACAUACUGUAUCCCAGAUUCUGCAGACUGACAACUAUACCCAUAAUUUGCGAUGCGGGAGAUUC